GAACACGGCUUUGGGAAACUGGGGAGAAAGGUGAAGGGUAGACAACAAAGCGGCUGCAGGACUGAAACACCUGCUCGGAAUCUCCCAAUCCCGGCCUCCCGAUCUCAACGACGGCCUCUGUAGCUGCCAUCACCGUCGAUCUGGCGAUCUCCCAUAUUCCGAAGACAGCAAGUGGGCGGAAGGCGGAGGCGGAGAAAGCAGGCGCCAGGUAGCCGCCGCCGGAGUAGGAGGAGAUGAUACUCCCGGUGGCGAAGCUCGGGACGCUGUUGCUGAAGACAAUGUCGAAGCCCAUCGCGACAAGGCUCAAGACGGAGGCUAGCCGCCACCCCAAGUUCCGGCAGCUCAUCAUCAACCUCGCCCAGGCAAAUCACCGCAUCUCCACAAACAUCCAAAGAAGAGUUUAUGGUCAUGCAACUAAUGUUGAGAUUCGUCCAUUGAAUGAGGAGAAAGCUGUUCAAGCUGCUGCCGAUCUUAUUGGGGAGCUCUUCGUUUUCUCGGUUGCUGGAGCUGCCGUAAUUUUUGAGGUGCAAAGAAGUGCAAGGUCAGAGGCCCGAAAAGAGGAGGCUCGUAAAAAUGAAAUUGAGGCAAUAAGGCAAAAGGAGGAUCAGCUGGCUGAAGAGAUAUUGACAAUGAAGCAGAAGCUUAGCGAGUUGGAGCGCCUCGCCAACUCUCGAGGUCUCUCCGGACUGUUCAGGAGCAGCAGUGUCCCAGACCAAAUGAAGCCCACAUGACCAGUUUAUUUGACUGGAACAAAUUUACCAGUUCAUGGACUCUAUCACUCUAACCAGGUGAAUCGACAAUACUCCUGCGCUGUUUUUUGAAGCUCCCAACAUGUGGGUCGCGGUUGUUAUCCCCACCAUUAUGGGAGAUCCCAUCGAUAGUUCUUCAGGGGUUCAAAACACCAGAGUUUCUUUCUGCAUUUAUCAACUUGGUUCUUGCAAGUUGUAAAUGUGUGAAAUAUUUACUCCACGAGCUUGUCGUGGAAAUUGCUGUCAAGAUGUUUGUAGCAACACGCCAACACUCAUUCAGAUGUCAUGCUGUGGAGGGUUCCUCUUCUAUCUAGCGAUUCAGUUUAUCAAA